AUGCCCGCGAUGGCGCCUGCGCGGCGGGGCCGCCGCAGCAGGGCCAAAGUGGCGGCAGCUCGGGGGCCGGCCCGCAGACGCUGGGCGGUGGAUGCGGCACCCGCGGCCUUCGGCCGCAUGAGCUCUCUGCAGCUGGAGAGUGUCAGGCCACGCGCGCGCAAGCUGUACCAGGCGAGCUGGGAAGCGUUCGAGGAGUGGGCCUCAGCGCAGAAGUUGCCGAUCGAGUCGGAGGACGACCUCGAGACAGCGAUGUUGGACUACUUCGACUGCAAGUACUUCGAUGGGGUCCACUCGAGUUUAGGGGGCCGCCUGGUCUGUGCCGCGUGCUACCUGCGCCCGGAGGUCAGCCGCCAGCGAGGUGCGAGGCUGGCGCGUGUGCGGCAGGCCCUCCGCGGUUGGUGCCUGCGAGCGCCGAGCCAGUCGCGCCUGCCCACUCCGUGGGAGGUGGUUUGUCUGCUGGCGGAUUUCUUUGUGCGCAGGGGCUAG